AUGGCUGAUAGACAGUCCGUGUUAUCACAUCGAGAGUUCCAAGCUAGGUCAAGGGAUAUUUUGUUGUUAAGCAUUUCGGUAAUUUUGCCCUUCCGAGAUGAAUGGUUGUAUCUUCAGUACCUUGAGUCAAACCCACUUGACCGGUUCCUGAAAGAUGACGACCCAUCAGAGUCAGGAAGCUACCUACUGCCUGGCAAUGUUGUACCUGCCAGGCAUCUAUGA